UAUAUAUGUGUAUAUGCAGGGGUUGGAUGCGACCAUGCCCAAACGAAGAUAACCCCUCCAGUAGCAACUUCUUCUUUCUCUUUCCCAGGGGAAUAAGAAAAAAUCCAAAGCCUUUCCAGAUGAGCUUUUAGUGGAGAAACACCCGAAAAAAGAGAAAUCAAAAGGGCUUUCCAAGUCCGCCAUUAUCUUAAGAAAAGGGGGAAAAGUAGAAAGAAAGAAGGAAAGAGGGGAAAGAAUGGGAAGAAAUCCUUGUUGCACCAAGGAGGGACUGAACAGAGGGGCUUGGACAGCUCUCGAGGACCAGAUCCUCACAGAUUACAUCAAAGCUCACGGCGAAGGCAAGUGGAGGAACAUUCCCAAGAAAUCUGGGCUGAAGAGAUGUGGGAAGAGUUGCAGGCUGAGGUGGUUGAACUAUCUGAGGCCUGACAUCAAGAGAGGCAACAUCACUCCUGAGGAAGAGGACCUCAUCAUCAGGCUUCACAAGCUCCUUGGCAACAGAUGGUCUCUAAUAGCUGGAAGACUUCCAGGGCGAACAGACAAUGAAAUCAAGAACUAUUGGAACACCACCUUAGGAAAGAAGGUGCAAGGAGAAGAACCAAAGCAACCUAAGAAGGAUGAGAUCAAGAAGCCCAAGACAAAACAACCCAACAAAAACCUGACGCCAACACCGGCAGCUAACACCAACCCGAACGCCAUUCGGCCCCAACCAGCAAAGUGCAACAAGAUAACUGUCUAUCCAGAGCCACAACCAGAAGCAUCAGUGACAGAUUUCUCCUCGGUUCAAGAUCUGGUGAAAUCCAGUGAGGGAUCGCCAUCGAUCUUGUCGGAGGAAGAGGACUUCAGGAACCUGCCGAUGGACUUCAGCCUGAGCGAGCUCUUGCUGUCCGAUGUUCCUGAGUCCGAGUUCUGGAAGCUGUGCCAGUUUGAUAAUACCUUGGAUCAGCCAUUCCUCUUCUCAGAAGAGAUGAUGAAGGGUUGGGCCGCCGAGGAUGGUUUCUGAUUCAAAGCUAGAUUGAGUUGCAAGUUUGAAUCCACUUGCUUUUUGAUUGAAUCUGCGAUGAACCAUUUUGUGUAGACAGAUCUGACUCUGACGAUAAACCCAUCAAAGAACAAAUGCUCAAAGCUAGCGCCAAUGGUCUUCGAUCAGCUAGCGUUCUGGAGCAGUGUUUGACUAUUUUCGUGUUUCUUGUCCAAAGUAUUGGUGUCCAUAUUGUGGCAAUAAAGUGAAGAUUUAAUCUGAAUAAAA